GCCUACAGCCUUCAACACUUUCAUACGGCGCACGGACGGAGAAGAGUAGGGUUUUGACGUUGGCCGGAUGGUUAAAUCCAACCUCCAGACGAUCCUGAAUAGCCACUGUUUUGUCAGAGAAAAAGAGAGUAAUAUAUCCAAGAUGCCAGUGAUCGAAAUGACUCGUAAUAAACCCGAGAGUGACAGUCCCCUUCGCUGCAGUAACCCGUGUCCGGGGCCUCUGUGGUGUUCCGAUGUCCCUCACCCACCCCUGAAGAUCCCAGGUGGGCGAGGGAAUGAUCAGCGGGAUCACGGUCUUUCAGCUAAGUUAUUCUAUUCUGAUGCUCGGUUACUGGUUCUUGAGGAAGCCCCGCAGUUGAACAGCCGCGUACGUUUUUUGCUCUUUGAGCGACGCUGCUCCGUGAGCAAGCACUUAGUUUGGAGAGGAGCACUGAAGGGGGCAAACCUUUACAUCGAAAUCCCCACUGGUGUCCUCCCAGAAGGGAGCAAAGACAGUUUUUCACUCUUGCUGGAGUUUGCAGAGGAGAAGUUACAGGUUGAUCACGUUUUCAUCUGCUUCCAUAAGAGCCGAGAUGACAGGGCAUCGCUGCUGCGGACGUUCAGUUUCAUGGGCUUUGAGAUUGUGAGACCGGGUCAUCCCCUCGUCCCAACCCGCCCCGACGCUUUCUUCAUGGCUUACAGCAUCGAAAGAGACUCCGAUAGUGACGAAUAAAGCUUACCAAUCACCUCUUGCUUCUAAUUACUAUGCUGUAUCUCACUCAACAUGGUCACCAUUAAAAAAAAACGUAGUAAGAAUGUCAAUCUGAGUAGUUUCGUUUUUCCUGUUAAUUACUACGCUGUAGUUAUAGGAGUUGCACAGGGUUUUCCUAAUCUUUUUUUUUUUUUUUUCAGUCGUAUUUGCACUAGUGUUAACCAAAUUUGUGACCAUUGGUUUAAGCCAUUACCACUGGGCUUAACUUUCAAUGCAAUUGGGUUCUUUGCUGAUUCCCCUUCACCAUUCCCACACUGAUCCUUUAGUGCAUAAUAUUUAUGGUUAAGAUCCUUCAAGCAACAGUGUUUGUAGAAUCGUGGUUUUCAUUGCUGAUGUUAAUUGUCUUUUUACCAGUGUCUUAAAGAUGUUUUCUUGUGUGCAUGAAUUGGAGUUUAGUUAUGACUCCAAUAGGAUCUGUCCGCAUGUUUGACAGUGUGCAGAAUAAAAAGGCUCACCUUACAUAA